GGGGGGGGGGAUCUAGGAAGGGCGUCCGGAGCUGGCAGCCUGCUCAGGAUAUUCCCUGGAAGGAGUGAAGGCUGGCGAGGAGUGACGGGGGGGAGUUUGAGAGCACACUCAGAAACAGGGCAGCCUGAGAGUCUGAGGACCGGCGCUGCCAUGGAGCCAAGCACCCAGGUUCUGGAGCUGUUGGGGCUGUUGCUGUGCGGGGGGGCCUGGCUGUGCUCACUGGCCACCACGCUGAUGUCCUGCUGGCUGACGCUGUCCACCGAGCUGCUGGCCACCGAGACCUACGAGCUGGGGCUGUGGCAGACCUGCGUGGUGCAGGAGCUGGGGGUGCUGGAGUGCCGGCCGUACGACGGCCUGCUGGGCCUGCCCCCCGACAUCCAGCUGGCCCGCAUCCUCAUGUGCGUGGCGUUGGCCGCCGGGCUGCUGGCGCUGCUGCUGGCCGUCCCCGGCAUGCACGCCAUCAACAGCUGCCGCGGCCAGCUGCAGGACCGCCGCUGCAAGAGGGCACUAAAGAUGGCAGGGGGGGCACUGAGCGUUGCAGCCGGGAUCCUGGGGCUGGUCCCGGUGUCCUACAUCGCCCACCUUACGGUCCAACGCUUCUUUGACGAGUCGGUGCCCGAUGUGGUGCCGCGCUGGGAGUUUGGGGACGCUCUAUUCUGCGGCUGGGCGGCGGGGGUUCUUCACCUGGGGGCCGGAACGCUGCUGCUGACUUCCUGUUUGUGUUCGCAGAAGGAAAACUGUAACACACCUGUCCACGUCCCCCUGAUGAGGGUGGGGGCGCAGCUGGGACGAUCCCCCAUUGGGACCAGAUCUGUGUACGUCUGAGACCACAUCCCAUCAGGGACGCCACCAGUCCAUCUUCAAAACAAAGAACACUUUCCAGUUUCACAAAACAAAUUCAGGCUUCUGUUCCUCCGAAGUGCAAAAGUAACAGAGAAUAAAAAGGUAUGUUUUCUCAAUGAAGUUCUGAAUGAGUUUUAGAAGCUAGAAGACAAAAGGGUCUAUUUUAAGAUCAUUAUUUAACCUUAAUGAGUGGUUUUCACAGACGAAACUACUAUGUGGAUAAUGGAUGAAUCAAUUUUUUUUUAAAUGGGAAAACAGAGAAACUCGUGGAAUGUCAGCUUGUUAAAUGUGAGUAUGUUCUAGUUUUUUCUGUCCUCCGGGACAUGAAAGAGUUGUGGACAAAACGAAACACUUGAGGACCUCACACCUCUUGCGAGUCCAACCUCUGAAUCAUGACUGCAUUGAGAAAACAAGCCUUUUUAUUGGUUGUUACUUGUUUUUUUUUAGCAUCACAGAGAAUAAUGGACAUGUUUAUGAUGAAGCCCUGUUUUAGUCCCCCCCCCCCCCCCCCCCCGAGAAAAAAAAAAACUUUAGAGAUUUCAAGUUUUGUGGAUUUAAACAAAGUUUGCACACUUUUUUAAACAUAUGUUAAACUGUUUAAAUGAGCCCAUAAAUAUAUCUCAUAUUUUUAUCAUUCAGAUGUUUUUGUUUUCUGGAACCAAAGAGACAAAACGUGCUGCUGUUUCCUGUUUUUAUUGCUUCUGUCGCUGCGAUAAUAACUUCAGCAAUAAAUCAAAUCAACAAACAAGUCAGCGCUUAUGUCUUUGUAGAAAUAUCACUUUUGACCUUGAGCAGGAAGAAAUUACUAUGUGAUUAUAAAAUAAGAAUCCAAGUAUGUACGCAGUCUGAGACAAAAGGUGGUUUUAUGAUUAAAAAGAGAAGAAGCUGCUUCACAUUCUAUCAGUAUUAUGAUUAUGGUGCUUUGAAUGAGGCUAUAGUUCUGAUUGUGAAUAACUAUGCUACUCAAUAAAAGUAAAGGUCACAUGA